AUGGCUGACCAGUACAUGAAUGCGGUAGAAGACAGAAGUCUACAAGAUGCAACUAAUGCGAAUAGCGAGACACCGUUGACAGGGACAUUGCAAAGGAGAAAUCUUAAAAUAAUUCAAAAACUGCUCAAAAAUGAAGGAGAUGUGAAUGCAGUUGAUAAAGAUGGCAACACAACAUUAAUGCUUAAAUCGAUGACAGGACAUCAUGAAAAUGUUCAAGAACAGAUCAAGAAUAAUGCAGAUGUGAAUAAAGUUAAUAAAGAUGGCAACACAGCAUUAAUGUUGGCAUCGAAAAAAGGACAUAAAAAAAUUAUUCAAGAACUGCUGCAGAAUAAAGCAGAUGUAAAUAUAGUUAAUAAAGAUGGCUAUACAGCAUUAAUCUUGGCAUCAAUUGAAGGACAUCAUGACAUCGUACAAGAACUGAUCAAGAAUAAUGCAGAUAUAAAUGUAGUUGGUAAAAAUGGCGACACAGCGAUGAUGAGGGCAUCAUUGAAUGGACAUCAUGACAUUGUUCAAGAACUAAUCAAGAAUAAUGCAAAUGUUAAUGUAGUUAAUAAAUAUGGCCACACAACAUUAAUGUUGGCAUCGAUGAAAGGACAUCAUGAAAUUGUUCAAGAAUUGAUCAAGGUUAAUGCAAAUGUGAAUAUUGUUGAUGAAUUUGGCAACACAACAUUAAUGUUUGCAUCGAUGAACGGACAUCAUGAAAUUGUUCAAGAACUGAUCAAGAAUAAAGCAGAUGUUAAUGUUGUUAAUAAAGAUGGCGACACAGCAUUAAUCUGGGCAUCAAGGUUUGGACAUUAUCACAUCGUUCAAAAACUGCUAAAGAAUGAUGCAGAUGUGAAUAUAGUUAAUAAAGAUGGCAAAACAGCAUUGAAAUUGGCAUCGAACAAUGGUAAUCAUGAAAUUGUACAAGAGCUGGCAAUACACUUUGAUAUUGCAAGCUUGGUUAAUUGUGCUAAUAUACCAUCUCUGAUUGUCAAAUCCCUAAAAAAAUAUGCGAAAAUGGUUAAAAGAUUGUUAAAAUAG